CCACAAAACCGACUCACAAAUCUCUGAUUUAUUAUAACCACCCGAAACCCCAACCUCCCUCUUUCUUGGAACGUUCAAUCCAAAAAUCCAACACAAAACCCUAAAUCACAACAAACACCAAAUUCUCUCUUUCAAACACAACAAUAUGCUGCGUCAAUGCUGCAAAUCUUUUUUAGGGCACACCCAGCUGCAAUCGCAAUUACGCGGGGCACCUGUGAGCCUCACGCGCCACUACCAUGAAAGAGUUGUCGAUCACUACAAUAACCCUAGAAAUGUGGGUUCUUUCGAUAAGAACGACCCGGAUGUGGGAACGGGUCUUGUGGGUGCUCCGGCAUGUGGAGAUGUUAUGAAGCUUCAAAUUCGGGUCGAUGAUAAAACGGGAAAGAUUGUUGAUGCUCGUUUUAAGACUUUUGGUUGUGGGUCUGCUAUUGCUUCUUCUUCUGUUGCUACUGAGUGGGUCAAAGGGAAACAAAUGGAAGAUGUGGUGUCCAUAAAAAAUACGGAAAUUGCAAAACAUUUGUCACUCCCACCAGUGAAACUGCAUUGCAGUAUGCUUGCUGAGGAUGCAAUCAAAGCAGCUGUGAAAGACUAUGAAGCAAAGCGUGCAAAACAAAAUGGUAGCAGCGCGGAGGCUGCAUCCAGUGAGAAGGUUGCUGAUGCAUGAAGUGGACGCACUUAUCUGGUCGCUGAUGUUGCAGACUGAAAUUAGCGGUAGCUUUACUGCUAGUGUAUGAUCCCAUCUUGUAUAAAUAAAUGGUUGCACCAGCAUAGCAUCACUUGGUUUUUUUUUUUUUUUUUUUUUGGGUGAACAUUUGGGUUUUGCUUUAGGCAAAGUUAUCUUAAACUAGGUUUAUCUUACCUCAGUUUAUGUAUAUUAAUUUUGCACGUGGACUAUAAUUUCAGUAGUUUAUUCUGUCUUCAGAUGAUGAUGAAGAGAAACAGGUUUCCGAAUUAAUAUGGAGAGGUUGUUGCAUUUGGUGUUUGACUA